UUUGGGGGCAAAUAGCCGUUGAAACAUCUCAAAUGUAUGUUUCAGAAGGCGGAGUCGUAAAAAGUCGUUUUGCAAGUACAGAUUACCGAUUAAAGGCACCUUUUGAGGAAGAGAUUCUCACAGGAUUUCAGAAUUUUCCUCACAAGAUAAACUAUAAUCAAUAUUGUCGGAUGAGUUUUCUUCAUAUAAAUGAAAAUUAAAUAAUAUCAAAUUUGAAAUAUUCAAAGUUUCACUUCUCUUCUUAUUCUUUCGCAUUGAAUUUUUUCUCCACACUGAUUUGACUUUAUAUUAGGCUUCAGAAUUAAUUAAUUAUUGUUAUUAUUAUAUUAUUAAUCAAAGUUCAACUGCCUUGAAUUUUUCUCUUUACUGCUUUGCAAAUUUUUUUUUCUUUUUUUUUGCUUUCUUGUUGUAAUAAUUUUCUUUUUUAAAUGUAGAUUAAAAAUUCUGAAAUUAAAAUUGAACUUAUAAAAAAUUAUAAAAUUUAUAUUGAAAUAAUAGGGAUUUUUUUGCAAAAUGUGUAAAAGUUUAAAAAAUAUCUUUUUUUUUUCAAAGUAUUAACCUAAUAAAUGCAAUUAAUUUAAUUUUCACAUACAAUAACAAGAAAUCAAAUGGACUUCGUCAUCAAUGAAGGGAAUAACAAACUAUUGAAAAAUUACCGGAUAAAGUAAUUUUAAACGUCUUCAGUUAUUUAAGUCAUCGUGAAAUCUGUAGAAUGGCACGUGUUUGUAGAAGAUGGCGACAAAUUGCAUACGAUUCACGUUUAUGGAAACAUGUUUCAUUAAGACCGGAAAUUAGUGGUUUACACGUUGGUUCAUUGGAAAGUCUUUUACAAUUAAUCAGUGGUAGAUUUAGUUCCUCGCUGAGGUACAUUGAACUUCCCAUCGAGCUUAUAACACAUACUGUUUUACAUGAAUUAGCAAAUAAAUGUCCAAAUUUAACACACAUGCUACUUGAUUUUUCAACGGCUAUGCAAUUACAUGAUUUUUCCGAAAUGCAAGCUUUUCCAACAAAACUCAAAUAUAUGUGUAUUUGUCUUUCUGAAGUUAUUUUCAUGGAAGGUUUUAUGAGAAAAAUUUAUAAUUUUAUCAAUGGUCUUGAGAUACUUCAUUUAAUUGGUACUUACGAAAAGGUAGAAGAAGAAGAAGAGGAAAUUUAUGAAGUUAUCAAUGUACAUAAAUUAAAAUCAGCAACACCAAAUUUAAGAGUCAUCAAUCUUUAUGGAAUUAAUUUUGUCGAUGAUUCUCAUAUCGAUGCAUUUUCAUCGAAUUGCAUUCAAUUGGAAUGUUUGGCAGUAAAUUUUUGUUCCAAAGUUACUGGAUCAACGAUGAAAACCCUAUUUCAAAGAAGCAGAAGAUUAAAAUGUUUAUUAAUGCAAGGAACAAAUCUUCGAAGUGAUCAUGUAAUGCAAGUAGAAUGGGAAAAAACAUGUAUUCAAGAAUUAGAUGUUACGGCAACAGAUUUAUCAACUGAAUGUCUCAUUGAUAUGUUAACAAGAAUUCCAGGCUUACGUUUUUUAAGUGCAGGACAAUUAAAUGGUUUCAAUGAUUCUGUUUUAAAAUCAUGGGCCGAAGUUGGUAAUCCACGAAAUUUAAUAGCCCUCGAUUUAGAUAGUUCCGAUAAUUUAAGCGAUGAUGCAUUACAUAAAUUUUUAUCACGCUAUGGCCAUCAAUUAUGGGGUAUUGCAUUGUCCGGUAUGCCACAUAUUACCGAUCAACUUUGGCAGAGUGUAUUACCUAUUUUAACAAAUGCAAAAAUCUUUGUAAUGGGCACAAACGAAAGGCUAGGUGUCAAUAUUCAUGUUGAUCAAUUAAUGGAUGGAAUUGCAAAUAAUUGUCCAAAUAUAGAGAGACUCGAAUUGCGAUGGGAUCCUGAAAAUCUUAGAUUCUCGGACAAAAGUCAAAAAGCAAUUGACAUUCUCCGUGUAAAAUGUAUUAAAUUAAGAUGUUUAGUCCUCAGUGAUGGGAGAUAUUAUGAAAUUGUGAAAGCAAAUUUUGAACGAGCUGACAGAUUAACAGUUGUUCGUACAACAACUUGCUGUAGAGUUUCAAAUUAUUAUUUAUUACAGGACUACAAGGAUUUAAUUUUUAAUUAAUGACAAAUUAUAUUUUCAAAUAUUUUAGAAAAUAUUUCAAAAAAAUCAAACUGUUCAUUAUGUAAUUAUUGUAAUUACUAAUUAAUAAUUACAUAACGAAAAAAAUAAUGCUCAAAGUAAUUAAUUAAAAACGAUUAAAUUUGAAUUAACAUAAGUACUAUAUUAAUGAAAAAAAAUUCAAAUUAUUCAAAUAAAUA